AUGCUGCUAACUCUUCCCUGGGGUAACCGCUGGGGUCUACUGACAGCUAUCUGGAUACGUGCAACUGGCGGAAUCCCCUACGCUGUUGUCAUGAUUUGGGCCGCCAACUGCUCUGCUGGACACACCAAGAAAACCGCAGUAAUUGCCCUGUACCACGUUGGGUACGGUUUGGGCAACAUUCUCUCACCCCAGUUAUUCCAGCCACAAUACGCGCCUCGAUACCUCGUGACUUGGGGUGUCAUCCUCGGCGUGGCCUGUAUUCUCCCAACUUGCAUUGUCCUCUACCUAAGAUGGUAUCUGGCAAGGGAAAACAAGAGACGAGACGAAAUCGACCGCCAAGGUCUGAUCAGAGAGGUUGGUGUUAUUGAGCAUGUUGAUGAAAGUGGAGAAACGACGGAGGAAGUGGUGAACACCAGGCAGCUGGACCUGACAGAUCGAGAGAACCUUGCCUUCCGAUAUGUCCUGUAA